AUGACCAAACAGUCAACCCGAUAUUGUUUCACCAUCAACAAUUACGACGAUGAAGACAUCGAAUGCCUCAAACCUUUCUAUGUAGAUUACUGCAACUACCUAGUCUAUGGCAAAGAAGUAGGCGAGAAGGAACUAACUCCUCACCUCCAAGGAUUCUUCACAUUGAAGACGAAACUCUCCAUGACCGGUGUCCACAAAGACCUUGGAUCAAAGAAUAUAGCCCUUCAAACUGCCGCUGGCACAUCCCUGCAAGCUUCCAAUUACUGCAAGAAAGGGGAACAAACCAAAGAAGAGUGGGAAUCCUCAAAGGAGACUGGGCCCAACUUUGGUCUCAACUAUCAAGGCAAAGAGUUCGAUGUAGUCCCUACUGCAGGGAAAUGCACAGACCUGGAUGAUCUCUGUGAUGCUUUUGAAUUCCCCUCCUAA